UGACAGAGUGAGACACCACCUCAAAAAAACAAACAAAAAACUAGAAAACCAUAAUAAUCUGUUAAAUUUGGAGAAAAAAUGAUUUUCACCUUGGAAUUCUAUAACUAUCCCUGCCAAAUUAUCAACCAGGUGUCAAGAUAGAAGGAAAAUAUUUUCAGCAAUACAAACAUCUCAAAAAUUUUACCUCUUCAUAUAGUCUUUCUUGAAAGUUACCAAAAGGAAAUUAAACUAAAGAAAAUCUGUUCUGAAAAAAGGGUGAAUGUAAGCGAAAUAACAGAAAAGUAUCAAUUAAAUUCAAGAUGAGAGAUUCAAGUCUCUCGAAUUCAAAAGCAAUGUAUUAUUCAAAAGCCAGUACCAAACGUUUCUCUGUAAUGAAAUAAAUUGCCAAGCCUCCUCAAGCUAAGUCAUGUGAACACUGCUAUAUCCCUAUACCUGUGUGUAUAUACAGAUCCUUCCCAUAUCCCUAACUAGCUACUUAGUAAAGUGACUAUGUAAAUUUAUAUUCAAACUUUUCCUUUCCAUAGAAUAGUUAAAUGUAACACAUUUUAAAUUCCAGUGUUUCUUUACAUAGUUAAAAAGUUUCCUAAAUCAAAAGCUCAAGACAUUAAAUAAAAAAAAUUCCAGAUUAAUUCCACAUUAGUAAAAUGUAUCAUACCCAAUUUUUAUUCUCUCACUAAAGAGGGAUCAACAGGAAAUUUAAGACACAUUUAAAGAAAUAAUUUAUAGGAUAAUGCAAUACAUUCAUUUUUCUUCUCCAAGGAACCUCACUCAGGCUGAGGUAGUUUCAAGCUAUUUGAAUUAUCUUUCAUUGAAAAUUAACUUAGAAAAAGCAUUAAGAUUAGAAUGACAAUUUUAUCCAAAUGCAGUCGGUAUACAAUAAACAUCUCAUAUUCAAAAAAUAGGAUACAUUUUAAGAUAUCUUAUUCUCAAAAUAUCGUGUAUCAUUAAAAUUAAAAGUAAGUCAAACUAUGUGUCUAUUUUAUAUAGCCAAAAAAAAAAAAAAAGCAGUACUUUUACAAUUAAUAGUUUAAGGUUUAAAAGCUAUUUAAAAUUUUCUGAAAAACCAGAUUGUCAAGGAAUUGGUUCACUCACAGUCGGCCAGAAGAAAAAAAAAAAGGUGGUAUUUCAAAAUUUUAGACCAAAAAAGAAAUUUAGAUUCCCUUAUAAAUAAGUGCGAAGAGAGAAUAUUUUCAGCAAACAUUUCAUUUAACUACAUAAACCAAAGGAAUAAGGCUGUCUAACCACAUGUAAACUAUGCAUCAUCUGACUUCAGGUAGAAUAUUUACCUUUGGUAUACUUGGGAACCAGACACCCAAAGUAUAUAAACACAGGCAUAUUUUAAAAACAACUGUCUUAAUGUUUUUGUUUGCUAGGCAAUAAUUCCCAUUAUUUUCAGAAAGAAAAAAAUAUCCUUAAUCAAAAAGUUAUCAGAGGAGUUUCUACUUCUUAAACUUUCAAACUAACAUAUUUAAUAUAAACCACUUAUCAUUUAAGCUCCAUCAGGGCACAGGCUUGUCUCUUUCCCUGUUGUGUCCCCAACCUUUAGGGGACUAGCUGGCACUACAAUAAAUAUGUGUAGAAUGAAUGAACUGAGCCUCUGGAAAAAGCUUAAGUGUUUUACAUUGCAACAGGGCAAUUUGACCUGUUUAUCUAACAUUCACUACACUCAACUCUAAUGACAUAAGAUUCAUACCAGGUAUUUAAACACGCACACACACACACACAAAUGCAUUACUCACAUAUGUAUCUCACUCACAAAGCCAAUUUUUUUAGUUAUAUUUUCUCUCAGGAAAAUUUGUUGUAUUCUUUCUAGUAUUACAAAUAAAUAUUAGAAAAGCAUGUUGUGUCUUGACAAUGCAAGUGCUAUCUUCAAAUUUAUGUUGCAAUCUGGAAAAAUUUAGGCAAACUAAAUAGUACUUCCAGAGUUGUGCCCCAAAGCAUUUCUUAAAGUCAAAUUCCUUAAUUCAAUGAAAAGUGGAACAAGGCACAGUGGCGCCUGUCUGUAGUCCCAGCUACUUGGGAACCUGAGGCGGGAGGAUUGCUUGAGCUCAGGAGUUUGAGACCAGCCUGAGCCAAAUAAAGAGAACCCAUCUUGAAAGAAAGAAAAGAAAGGAAAGAAAGGAAAGAAAGGAAAGAAGAAAGAAAGAAAGAAAGAAAGAAAGAAAGAAAGAAAGAAAGAAAGAAAGAAAGAAAGAAAGAAAGAAAGAAAAAGUGGGAUAUAAUAGGGAAAAAUGCACACCUUACCGUUUAAAAAUUAUGCUAAAUUUUAAAAAGAAAAAAUGAACUGGGGUCAAAAUAAAUACAUCGAAAUUACUGAUCCCAAAUGGCAUUAAUGCCCUUACAUUUUGAUAUUUAGAUUUGCCUUUGAAGCUACAUAAUAAACUUUAUGUCUACAAAGCUUGAGUUAGAGCUUUGGAUGUUAACACUGUUUGGAUGUUCAGUAUCGGAAGUUUCUUCAUAAUUCUAAAGUUAGACAUUUAGCAGUAACAGUAAUACACUUACAUGUAAGAUUCUAUAGCACUUGUACAAGCAUAAUUAUCUCGAGUGGGACAGGCUUCAUAGUGAGCAAGCUAUGAUCUGUACAAUUGCAAUACUCUGCAGACACGGACUGAAAAGUUUCCGAAAAUUCUGAUGUUUAUCUUCAAAGAAACUUGAACAGAGUCGAUCUGAUGAUGGUCAAGAUAGAUGGUUUGUAUUGCUGAUGAUGGUGGUUACAGAAGAAUACCCAAGUCAACUCAGAAACACUGGUAAGGAAAUAAGGCUCUCGAUAGCAACUAAAGCGUUGGGGAAAAAAAAUCCAGGGAGCAUAAACAAUAAAGCUCAAUUAACUGCUGCCUGUGUGUUUCCAAUUUAUAGGCUUAAAUACACAUUGGGCAUUAGAUAUUUCUUUUAGGUUUUUUUCUUUUUUUAAAAAAAACCAGAAAUUUAGUAUUUUAAUUGCCCCUCCCCCACAGCUAACAUCAGUGCCCUUUCUUCCUCCUCCCUUACCCCUCCCAGCUUAAACAAAUUAACAUUUGUACUAGGUACCUCCUAUCAGCUCGCAGCUUCUUCCCAAACACGCCCACGUACACUGAAACUGGCCUGCGUCUACACAACACACAGCUACAGGAAAAGAGCUUCGAGGGGGGACCUGGGGGAGGGUGGAUAAUUCGCUCCGCACAGGUUUUACGGCUAUUUUCCAGAAAUUAGCUCCUCGCUCGUGGCUCGCGUUUCUUCCAAAUCACCUCCAAAGCACAGUGUUUAUGAGCCUACCUAAUCCGAUACUGCAAUGGAAUUCCGGAUAUUUGCAGACAGAUUUUCCGGCUUUGCAAGUGUCUGAUGAGAUACGUUCGGAAUCUCCUUUUUUCUACGGCCCGGUUCUUGGCUGUACAGCAAGCCGACCUAGGGCUGCAGCCCCUGUCCCGCACCCGGGCCGCGCGCCCGGCCCAAGGCCAGCGCAGGACGCAGCCCCUCCGGGGCCGGAGCUGGCGGAGCCGCUCGGGCUGCGGGCCGGUCUGCAACAGGUCACCCUGACCGCGAGUCCGCGGGUUCGCGGGCGGCCAACUCUGCGGCCAGGCUUCUGGGCGCAGCCGCCGGGGGCAGGGGAGGGGGUGUGGCCCGGCUUCGGCUGGUCCUGGCUCCGAGGUCCAGGCUUGGGCUCACCUGAAGGGAGGCUGAGGCGACGCUGGGCGCCAGAACACCGCGGGCGGAGGCUGGGGGCUUCCGCCACCCAGGAGGGAGAGGGAGGCGGGUUCGGGGGGUCGCCGCGACACGGGCUUCAGGACGGCGCCCCCAAGCGGGGGACUCCACGGCCGCUCCGACGCUGGGAACCCGCGGCCGAGGGAGGCGCGCCCCCCAGCGCCCUUCUCCUUCAGCCCGAGCUCCGCAGCCCCAUCCCUGCGCGCAGGGCGAGCAGCCCCGGGGCCCGCGGCAGGAAGAACCACACUCCGCAGCGCCGGAGCCGCCGCCAUUCCCCGCGUCGCCCGGGGGGCGCUGCGCACCCACCCUUAGUCCCCCGCAGCGCUCCGCGGCCUGAGCCCACCGACCUGUGCAGCUGCGGCCGUCUCCUCAGAGGAUGGAAAGACAACGCCGGCCUCACGCUUCGCCGCCACGGCCACCGCCGCCGCCACCUAGGAUAGCGCUCGCCGACCCGAACAGUCACCGUCUCUCAUUCAGCGCCAGCCGCCGCGGCUGCCGCUCGGGGGAGGAGAGUGAGCUGGAACCACCCCGUCCGCGCCGGGGGUGGGGGAAGAGAGCGGACCUGGCGGCGGCGCGCUUCAAGCGGGCGGGGCGGAGCCGCGCGCAGGAGCGCGCGCACCAACUGGGCGCGCUCGCGGGGGCGCUGAGCGCUGCAGCCUGUAGGGUCUUCCCCGCGUGCUUCCCGCCCGCCGCUCUUCCGCCCCGCGGAGCCCAACGGCUGCCGGGGGUCGAUGUGCGCCGCGCGCGUAGCAAGCCACAAUCCCACCGCCCGGCGCCUUCUGAAAGGAGGGGCUCCCAACGGCCAAACAAGGGGGCGGGGAGGGGUGGGAGGGUGGACAGACAGGUGGGGCAUCCGCCACCUCCCGGCCACCCGCUCCCGGCACUGGGCCCUGUGCGAUGAAAUCCGCCGUGGUGUCUGCGGCCUUCAGCCCGACUCUUCACCUUUAAGGCCAGAGAACAAAGUCUGGAAACACUUGGCCCCAAGAUCAAACAUCCAGCGCACGCCGGCGAUGCUUUUAGAAAGUCACUGCAGACAGAUGAGGGGGCUCCAAAUGCGGAGAGUCACCCCACUGCCGUAGAUAAGAUCAUAAAUUGUAAUGAUCAAUGUCCUCACACAUUAAGAUUCGGGAAGUGUUGGAAGUAGGCCUUUGUAGAUGUUACGCAGGGUACUACCCUUGACUUAAGGAGCAAAUGACAGAAAUUGGGCGGAAAGGUGUUGUUUCAGAGGGUGCACUAUAUGGGUGGCCUACUUAAAACUAGCACCAUGUGAUGCAGUGUGACUGUUAACCGAAGGUUUUAAGUGAGCCGCCUUUGUAUCUGCUGUCAUUAGACUAUUUGGAAAUGGAUAAUUAUUUUGAUGAUCUGCAGUUCUUUCUCUAGGCAACGUGCAGUAGAAUGUGGAAAGAAUACCGUGUACCAGCAUUAAGUGUAAAACGUGAAAGGACCAAGAAUUCACUAUUCUCAUUUGGUUUCUUUCUUCCCUUUAAUAACCGCUAAAUAGAACUGAUUAAUCUUGAACGUUGAAGAAUGCUAAUUGUUUCCUCCUUUAAUUGCCUUGUGUCAUAGUCCUUUAUGUUGGGGAAGCUAGAAUGCCCUUCAACCCAUUUCUCGCAAAUAGAGUUGUUUCUUUAAAGCACCUCGACCCAAAAUUAAGUCAAAAAGAAAAACAGCAAGAAUAGGCAACAAAGUUCAUAUUGUUUCAUUUUCAUUCUAUUUUAUUUUCAAAGAAAGUAUUGAAUCAUGACGAAAUCACUAGAAGUAGAGCAAUCAAA